AUGUUACCGAUUAAAAGGGUACUAUUCGGGAUAAUAUCAUCGCCCUUUUUAUUAUCGGCAACACUCAAUCAUCACCUGGAAAUCAAUGGAACCAAAACCGCACUAGAGAUUAGAAGAAAUCUUUAUGUAGACAACAUCAUAUUAUCGGCCAAGAACACAGAGGAAGCCUUGCAGAAAUAUGAGGAAACAAAGUCCAUUUUUGGUGGUGCGGUAAUGAACAUUCGAGAGUUCUUAUCAAAUGACGGAAACUUCAACAACGAAAUUCCCGAACAGGAUCGACCUGAUAUGGGAGUGAAAGGAAUCCUUGGUGUCACAUGGCAUCAUGAU